UCAUGACGGUUUUUCUUUGUUGUUGCUUACAACUUGAGGAGAAGAGAAUACAAUUUUGAAGUGAAAUGAAAUCCCACGUAAUUGCUAUAAUAAAGAAAAAUCAUAAUUAAAAAAUCGUCCAAUGUAAAUACCGACAUUAUGGGAACCUGAACCAGAGAUAACUAUAAAAUGAACAUGGCUAAUAAUUUUUUGACAUUUCAAUUUUCAAACCUCUACCAUCUGCGAACAGAACUAAAAAAAUAAACUUGGCGGGAAUAUUUUGUCAUUCUACUUUAAAAGUUUAUCAUUUCGUUUGUGUUUUUAUUUUAAGCAAAUUUAAUAAAAAACAUCACUAUGAAAUGCAAAAUUCCUGAAAUAUCCUGGCAUAAUCGUGAUCCAGUUCUAAGUGUUGAUAUUCAGCCAAAAACAGAAAAAUCAUCAUUAUAUCGAUUGGCCUCCGGAGGCACAGACUCCCACGUACUAAUUUGGAGUCUCUCCAUCACUGAAACUGGCGAAGUGAAUUUGGAUGUUGCUGCUGAUUUAACUAGACACCAAAGAGCUGUAAAUGCUGUCAAAUGGUCUCCAAAUGGGGAGCUAUUAGCUUCUGGAGAUGAUGAAAGUGUGAUAUUUAUUUGGAAGCAAAAGGAAGAAAGUGAACACAUUAUGUAUGUCCUAGACAAUGCCAACGAAAAUGACAAAGAAAUCUGGAUAACUAUGAAGGUUCUUCGUGGCCAUAUGGAAGAUAUCUAUGACUUGAGCUGGGCUCCAAAUUCUCAAUUUCUUGUGAGUGGAUCUGUUGAUAACACGGCUAUCAUUUGGGAUGUUCAGAAAGGGAAAUCGCUUUCGAUCCUUAAAGACCAUAAAGGGUUUGUGCAAGGCGUGGCUUGGGAUCCCAAAAACCAGUAUAUCGCCACACUCAGUACUGAUCGAAUUUUGAGGAUUUUCGACAUACAAACCAAGAAGGUUAUUCACAGGAACAGUAAGUCAACGUUGCCAGUUCCAAAAGAAAGUGAUUUGUAUGACAAAAAGGUGCGCUUAUACCAUGACGAUACUCUGCAAACAUUUUUUCGUCGUUUGUGCUUCUCUCCCGAUGGAAAACUAUUAAUUACUCCAGCUGGUGUUGUUGAUUAUGACGGAGCAACACAGCUUCUCCAUACCACCUAUGUCUACAGUCGGUUUUCCCUCAAACAACCAUCGAUAGUAUUACCAUCACCCGAUCAGUAUACAGUAGCAGUCAAAUGCUGUCCGAUUUUAUUUAAAUUACGAGACAAGGCCGGUCCCUGCCCUGCUGUUAUUCCCUUACCCUAUCGGAUGAUUUUCGCAAUAGCUACCAAGAGUUCUGUGUACCUCUAUGAUACUCAGCAAAAAGUUCCAUUUGGCUUGAUUUCCAACAUUCAUUAUACACGCCUUACAGAUAUUGCUUGGUCGAAUGAUGGCAGAAUAAUGAUUGUUUCUAGUACGGAUGGAUUUUGUUCCAUAAUAACCUUCGAUGAUGGUGAGCUAGGGGAAGAAUAUGAAGAUGUGGGCAUUCUCCAGCCUUUGGAACCAGUAUGUGAUAAAAAGAACAAUAAAAAUAAGCAAAGAGAAGCCGUUGUUGGUAGUAAAAAAAUAGAACCAGAAAACACGGUUACACUAAAUAAAAAAAACGAUGAAAAUGUAAACAACUUUCCUAGAGAAAAUAUUUCGCAUGAGUUGAUUAUUGACAAAGAUAUCAUAAGUUCGGAUGAAAAGUUUGAAUCUCCAGAGAAAAAGAUGCGUCCAGCUACUCCUAUUGUUGUUCGACGUCAUCCAAGAACACCUAGUAGUACGACUGCUAUACAGCAGUCCUCGAGUAAUAUAAAAUCUAAUACAUCAUCCCCUUUAACAUCAAGUCCACUUUCAGUACAAAAAACAUCUGUUCCAGCUUCAGAUAAAGGGAGUGCUAAAAAAGCAACUCCAAUUGCGAUUCGCCGCAAACCAAGGGCUCUUAUUCCAACAGUUGUGGAGAAAACUGCAAUUGUGGAAGAGGCAAUGGAUGCUUGGCCAAUUAAAGUAGACUCACCUGAGAAAAGUGUUGUGGACAUUCAACCAUCAAAUAAAUCGGAAGACAAACUUGAUGUGAAGAAAAAUUCAAAUCAAGUAAAAAUCAAUGAAAAUGAAGCAUCAAAUGACUGCACAGAAGAUAUCCACUUGGUCUACGAGGAUACAGUGGAUGAAACUUCGAAUCAAAAUGAUGCAUCAACGGAAACUCCAACUCCUAAAAAAGCAACUCCAACUAAAAUUGAAGAAACAAACGAUUGCACUGAAGAUAUUCGAUUGGUAUAUGAAGAUACAAUUGAAGAAAUUUCAAAAGAAUCUUCUAUCGUCGAUAAUAAAGAAGAGCCUGCACAUAAAAACAAAGUUGAAAAAUCAAAUAGUAUUCAAGGGACUCCGGAACAUAAGAGCACUCGAAGGGUGGAACUGAAGACAAUUUCUACUCCAAAAUCAAAAAAAAAGUUGUUAGAAUAGUAUAAUUACUUUUUUUUUUUAUUCACGUAAUAAAUUUAUUU